GUACCGUAUCCAACUCCGAGAGAGUAUUGGCAUGAUGAGCAUUGCUUUACUAUUUUGACAAGCCAUAUUACAGCGCUACUUUGAAACCUGGUUGGAAGCUAAUCAAUCUGUUUGAACUUUUAUUCACGAGACAUAAAUAAACCAGACCGAGAGAAGAAGUAGUUGGACUAAUUAGCCUACUAACCCAAAUCAAUAACCUAACUGUGAACUGACUCAACAAGCUACGUCUACGUUUUCAUCUUUUUCAAUCCGAAAGGGUUUUUGCUUCUGGACAUGUGAAUCAAAGGAGUUAUUGAGAACCCCUGAAAAUGAAGCUACUAGCAUCGGUUCUUUGUUGCUUCGGCUUUCUGCUCACUUCUGCGAUGUUUCGGACAAGCUCUUCACAAGCAGUAUGUGCGGGCACAGAGAACAAGCUGAGUACUCUGUCGGACCUGGAGCAGCAGUACCGCACCUUGAGAAAGUACUACGAGAACUGUGAGGUUGUCAUGGGUAACCUGGAGAUCACCAGCAUCGACCGCUCCAGAGACCUCUCCUUCCUCAGGGUAAGACCUGACACUACCAUCCCUUCUUAG